AUGACCCGGCCGCUUGGCGUGGGCGUGCCGUCGCCGGGCCCGCCCGUAACCAGGUCCCGACGCCAUUUUACGCCGGCAGCCGCGGCCAAAGAGACGGCCCAAGGCUUCAGAAACCAGACCAUUACAGAGUUCUUCAGACCAGUUUUAAACCAAGACCUUGGCCAUAAAGACAGAACUGUGUUGCAUUCACCAGACAGAGGAAAUGUAAAAGAUGCAGGAAUCGGACGGUCAGUUUUAUGCGCUGAACGUUUUGGAAAGAAAAUAUCUUCUCCAAAGAAGGUCAGAAGAAAAAAGAUGCCAGACCAAACACCAAACACAAGUCCUGUGGUAGAUGCCUUUCGGAGAAGAAUUAAGGAGAAGGACAGUGUAAACAUUUUAAAGAAUGGCAGAGCAUGCAAGGCACUCGAUUCAUUGUACCCAAAAGUCGUGAUUCAAAAACUCCUUAUUACUGCAGGGUCUCACAGCUGUUUCUUGGCCAAAAAGGAUAAAGCUGUCAAGUCAGAACAGGGAAGAAAUGAGAAGUGUCUGGGUGUAACAAGAGCACCGUUGUCUUGUGGAAAUAGUUGGGAACAGAAAACUGACUGUAUGGAUCUAGAAGACACUAGCUCAGAUUCUGACAAAUGGGUUUCGUCAUCAGAAGCUGAUACUGGAAAAGCCUGUGCUAGAAAUAAUGGCGCUGGGAACAACACAUCUCUGUGCCAAAACCCAGGGCUUCCCAUGAAAUUGCCCUGCACUCCAACUGACUCUGAAUUUAGGUUGUCACUGGAAGCUCUCUGUAGAGAAAGGAAGCGGAAGAAACAUAGAGUGAAACAAUCUAAGCCCCAUCCUGUAAAGCCAUUCUCAGGAACAAGUCUAUCACAUCAGGGAAAUGGAUGUCCUUUAAGAAAAAUACCACAUUCUGGUUCAAGGGAGACUGCCUCAGAUGACCCAUCUCAACCACAGCCAAAGCAGGUUUUAAAAUGUGAGGCAUCUUCUCCAAAUGCACUGAGAAUGUCUGAGAUGGCCACUGGUAUGCGGAAGAGCCAGUCUGUUCCUUCACACUGCCUUAGAUUUAAGACGUCUCCUGGGCGAUCCAAACAAAUAGACUUCCCUGGGAAAAGAAAACGCACUGCUGUGAGUUUGGAUGCAGAUGGUUCAAAUCAAUCUGAAAUACCAAGUUUGAAUGACCCUGCUUUUAGUAGGUCAUCUGCAAAAUGCAAAAAUAGCAAGUCUGACUUUGUAAAAAAUAUCCUUUUGAAGUCUACUUGUGGUGAUGUUCUGCAACUAAUGGAGGCUGCUGCUCUACCUAGACAUGAUUCUACUCUUCCAGAGGAAUACCUCAACUCAAGCGAUGAAAAUGAGAAAAAUAACUGUUCCUCUGUAGGUUUAUCAUCUUCAUAUUCUGCACACAGUCCUGGUAAAAAUAACCACGUUUCUGCUGUGGAUACCAAAGAGAAUCAAUUGCAGGUGGCUAACUCACGCUUUUUCUUGGAAAAGUCCCUUCCUUUUUCUCAGGAAAAAAGUACUGUGUUGCCUUUUCUCCACCACUUAACACAAACAAAAGGUGUGGAAUCUCAUCUCCAGAAUGCUGGCUUAUCUCAGGUAUUGGAUGCUAAGAAGGAGCAAGAUGGGAAAAGACCAGAAAGACGUGCACCUGAUAAAGCUUACAGUAUUCAAUCCAGCAACAGUUUUUCAAAAACAGACAAUACUUCUGACUCUCGUUCAGUGGAAGGUUCUGGGAAACCUGCACUCUCAGAAGAGACUGGUAAAAGUGUUGCCUGUUCGUUGUCCUUUAAAGAAGGGUGCAUGGACAGCGGCUGUAUGUCUUCACAACUCUCAAGCGAGUUAAAAGUUGAAAACACCUGUACAGACAAGUUCAAGUUGAAUAGAAAAGCAAAAAGCAGCUUUGAUAGUGAAGUUGAGAGUUUGGAAUGCAGUCUAGAUGAUGAUGAUGAUGAUGAAGAAGUAUUCAUGCCACUGCAAGAAAUUCUGUCUUCAAGUCCCAAGCCACAGGCAGGCACCCUGGAAGAAUCCUGUCUUGACAGUUUUUCUCAGGACACCAUUACUCCAUUACUGAAGCUUCAUCUUUCUAAGCCUCCUGUUGUUAGCCAGGUGUCAUAUGUGAACAGCUUAGAACAUCUCUUGAAGGAGAAGGAAGAAUCUAAAAGGGUAGACGAACUAGAAAAGCGGUUACAGGAAGACAUGCAAGGAAGGGAAACUGAUUCUUCAAAUGGAGAAGAUGAGGAGGAUGCCAGUGGAGAUGAAGAUCUCUCAGAAGAGCACAGGGCAUUUAUAAAGAGAUUUUCAGUAAUAGCUCAUGCCAUACCUGACUACCACCCUGGAGAAGAUAUAUUUGAUUUAUCAACCUCUGGGAAAAUCUUCAAUCAACAUAACCUUGACAUGAGGAAUUUUCAUUUCGUUCCUCAAAAUCCUAUAGAAAAGCUCCUUCUUAGUUCUGGUGUAACACAGCAGCUUUCUUUAGCUAUUAAUGGUUUUGUAAGUUCUGCUUACAGUUGUAUCUUGUGUCCCAUACCAAUUCUAAAGUGGCUUUUUCAGAUGAUGUCUGUUCAUCCUGACUAUUGUGUUUCCACCCAGAUUUUAGACAGAUUGAUGGAGAUAACACUAAAAAAUGCUUCCAUCAGUGAUGAACAGUCUAAACCAUGGAUUCCUUCACUAGCUGAUGUGUCAGCUGUUUUUGUCAAUAUGGGUGUUGCGUUUAGAUCUCUCUUUCCAUUGCAGCAUCUUCAGCCCAACUUUAACGAAUGUGAUAUUUUAAGUCAGAUGCAAGAAACAGUGAGUAAACAGCAGACGAGAGGAGACCUAAUCUCUGCCAGUCCAGCUUUCUCCAGUCUACCAGAAAACAAUUUAAUUAAUGUGAUUAAGUUUCUAGGUUUCUGUACAACAGUUAUUCAAGGUGGAUAUACUGAUCAAGAAAUACUGCUGCUGCUUCUAUUGCUAUUUAAAAUAAGCUUGGAGAAACAGUUAAAGCAAAUUCCUUUGAUAGAUUUUCAGUGCCUUUUCAUAAAGCUUCUGAUAAGUGUAAAAGACUGGGAUACAAAGAUGCCUGAGCUCUGCCUGGCAGUGAGUGAACUCUCCAGUCAUCACCAUAAUCUCCUGUGGCUAGUUCAGCUGGUGCCUAGCUGGAUAAUACGUGGACGGGAAGUGAGAAGACGUCUUAGCCUAGUGAUAAUUUCAAAGCUCCUUAAUAAAAAGCAUAUAGAAAUACCUGAUGACAGUGACAAGCAGAUGUCUCUUUUGCAUCAGUUUCUGGUGUACAUGAAACCUUCUAAUCUACUAAAGAAGAUGAGAGAAGGACUGGAGCAGCAGAAUGCUGAUGGAGACCAUCUUCAUACAGAACUAGAACAGGAGGCAUACUACCUAAUCUAUGUCCUCCUUCAUCUAGUCAGUGAAGCUAGUUUCUUUGAUGUUGUAAAUUCUAAUCAAAGGCAACACUUACUGAAGCUUUGUGGUGCCUUAGAUAAACACAUAAAAUGUGAUAUUAGGGAAGAUGCAAGGCUGUUUUAUCGAACUAAGGUAAAAGACUUAGUUGCUAGGAUAUAUGGCAAAUGGCAAGAUAUGAUACAAACCACUCGGCCUACUCAGGGAAAACUGCAUGACUUCUGGGAGCCAGAUUCAUGAAAUCUUGCUUAGUUCAGGGAAAAUAACAGAAAUAACAGAAAAACUCUAAAACCAAGGAAGAUGUAGAAUGAAUGGAGCUUCACCUUGGUCAGAACAGAAGAAAUCAGUCACCUGAGUUAGAACUUGAGCUUGAUUCAGGCAAAUACUAGAAACACAAGGAUGUAAUUUGAUUAACAUUGCUUUUACUACAAAUAUGCUACUUCUGAAAAAUUGAAGUGGGUAAACUGAAAAAAACCCCAGCUAUUUCUAUAGCUCUGUCUGAGUUGGCUAGAAAUAUUUUAUCAUAUUGAAAGCUGAGGGAAGUUUCCUCAUUUCUGUUGUUAAUCACAAGACAUAUUUGAAAAUCAUAUCGUAUGUAUGAGUUUUCUUGCCAGCACACACCUGCAAACAUUGUUUUAGGAUGGCUGGGAAAGAACUGCCCUGUGACAUGGAAUGUGAGUUCGGAAACAGUAUUAGAGCUCCCCUGUUGUGAGCAGGUGAGGAAGUGGUUCAGAACUGGGAUGAAUAACAAUUACCUGCACAUGUUAAUCUGCAAAGCAGAAUUGGUAUGACCAUCCAAUGUCUCUAAAAAAUACAUAAUACAGCAGUUGCGCAUGAAGAAGUGACUGUUUUCAUGCUCACUUAAGGGUGGAAAUAGAGCUUAACAGUGGCUGUGCCCAAACAGGUUAAGUGGAUGCUGCUUUGCUUUGUGGUUGUGUUUUAUCAAAUAACAAAAUAGAAUUUGUUAUUAUAGUUAUGCAUUCAUUAUAACUUAACUCCCUUAUCUUCCGACAUUAAUUUAUUUAUGCGGUGAAUGUGACUGCACAGGAAGUGAUUCUGUAAGACCAAGUUAUAGAUGAGAUCUUAUUACACCAGUAGUAUUGUACUGCUCUUUAAAGAGACAAUCACAUCUGUAUUUGUUACCUGGCUUCAGCAGUUUCUCUAAAUGGAGAAAAUACUAUUCCUAAAAUGUCACCUCAGUGGAGAUUUGAAGAGAUGAGCAUUUGGCCACGUAUGUAAAACCUGCGAAAGCAGUAUGAGGUCUAAAUUCCUUUGUGUGAAGUGUUACCGCACACGCAUUAUGUGCGCAAAGCUCCAAGAGCUGUUUGUGAAAUAACCAAAGCAAGAUGUGAUCUCCUUUUGUGCUCUCUCUGCAAAUGCCAUAAUUUAAAAUCUUACACUGUGGUUUGUCUGUAGUGUGUGUGUAUAUAUGAAGAGAAAGAUAAGGUAUUGGGUAGAAGCACCAACUGGGACUCCCUUAACAAGUGAGAUUUUUAAUAAUAUCAACAUGUGCAUUUUAUAAUACUGUUUCCUUUUAAUUUUUGUAGAUGACCCUGUCUUGUAUGAUAAAUUCCUUACAACUUUCCAAGAUGAGAAUGUAAAAUAAGGCUCAAAAAAAAAAAAAAAUCUUCAAACUUAAGUAUGUGUAUUACAUAUAAAGGAACUGCUAUAGAAUGGACACAUGUCUUAUAGGGAAGGUAUUUUAUUUACAAAUUCAUGUUAAAUGUUUUGUCUUUCAUUUCAAGUGUUAGAGUUAGCCUAAGACUGCAGGGUCUCUGUGCCCUUCACAGGAUGAUCAGCUUAUCUUUGUUCGAACAAAAGUUAUGCUCGUGGCAUUGUUGGGGGGGGAGCGGGGGGGAGAAAAUCCCUUUUUUAAAAUCUCAACAUGUUAUUUAAGAAUUGGAAGAAUCUACCUCAAAGGGUGUCUUUGUUUGGCAAUAGAACUGCUUUAGGCUAAAAAAAUUACAUGGUGUUACAUAGGUAUGGCAAAGCUGUCCUUCGCUCUGCCUGUCUUUAGUAGUUGAUGAACCUUCCCUCUGGUAGCAGUUGCUUACUAUGUUGAAUAUAUUGUAUGUAAUUUUAUUAAUGUUUAUAUUUUUUCUCACUGAUGUUGUAUAAAGUUUAAAAAAAUUGCAGAAUAUGUUUACUGUAUGUGAUGUGUAUAUAUUUUCUUACCAUGUAAAGUUGAAGUUGCUGUCCUGUAUAUUUUGCAGAAGGAAAGGGGAGGGGUUUAGAUGAACAGCUUUUGUAUUACAGUUCAAAGCACAUUGAAACUGCUGGCUUUUUUUUCCAGAUGAAAUAACCACUUUGAUAUUUACUUUUAUUUAACAGAACAAUGACAAAACCAGACAUGCUUUUCUAAUUAAAUGUCCCUGCACAAAAUGGGCAUGCCACAGCUCUGUUUCACAAAAAAAAUGGCUGCGGGCCCUAUUUUGGUCUUACGGCACACGUUGUAGUUCUUGGGUUCACAGCUGAUUAGCCUACUAUAAAUGGAGAAGGUCUUGAAGUAAUUCUUAGCUCAGCCAGUCCUGUGUUUUCAUGCUUAAUGCCUGUGUAUACAUUCUGGCAUUUUCCCUCUCUCUCCCCCUCCAGCUUUGUCCGGACUUUUCUUCCAUCUGUUUUGUAGCUGAGUAGUAAUUCCCCAGUUGCCUAAGUCUAGACGUGGGUUGAAUUGGAGCUCAUCAGUAUCCUUACAGAGAUGAUCUCAAAGCAUCGCUGCAGAGUCUUUACAAGAGACUGCUGAGCUGAGCACUGCUUCAGGACUCCUGGAAAUGAAAUCACAAACCUGCUGUUGUGUGUUUUGCUGACUCAUUUACUGGCCCCCAGCCAGAAGUUACAUGCAUUGGAAAAGGCUGUUUGCACAGUAAAUGUCUUAACUGCUUUGGUUGUCUUCAGAUAAGAAUUUUGCACUGAGGUUUAUCUGUUGAUAUUAUGUUAGCUGUAUUAAGAGCCAUGUUAUCUCAUUUCAUGUGAAAUUAGGUGCACUUUAUUGCAGUAAUCAUAGACAAAUUAAAGGCUGACUCUAAAAUAGA